CUUCGGCAGAUAAAUCUGUACUUUUAUUGUGCUGAGAGAACGUUUACCUGAUGGCGCGAAAUGGGGGACGUUGACCCAUAUGUGGCAGAGAGGUACGAGAUAUCGAAGCGUCUGGGUAAAGGCGCAUAUGGAAUUGUGUGGAAGGCAACAGAUAGAGCCAAUAAAAAGAUAGUUGCAGUGAAGAAGAUUUACGAUGCUUUUAGAAAUAGAACAGAUGCCCAACGCACAUUUCGGGAAAUAUGGUAUCUGCAGGAAUUUCACAGUCAUCCAAAUAUCAUUACCCUCCUGGAAGUUGUCAAAGCAAAAAAUGACAAAGAUAUUUAUUUAGUUUUUGAUUUCAUGGAAACUGAUCUCCAUCAGAUGAUAAAGAAAGGCAUAUUGAAGGAAGAUUGGAAGCAUGGCUUUAUUAUUUUUCAGUUACUCUCUGCCCUUUCCUAUAUACAUUCAGCAAAUGUGAUACAUAGAGAUAUUAAACCAUCCAACAUACUCAUGAAUCACAGGUGUGAAUUAAAACUUGCUGAUUUUGGGUUAGCUAGAUCUUUAGAGCAAACUGGUGAAUAUGAUGGGGAUCCUACCUUAACAGAAUAUGUUGCCACUCGAUGGUACAGAGCUCCUGAAAUACUUCUUGGAUCCAAGAGAUAUACCAAAGGAGUGGAUAUUUGGAGUGUUGGAUGCAUUAUGGGUGAAGUCAUUACUGGAAGACCUCUCUUUCCUGGAACUUCUACCUUAAACCAAGUGGAAAGAAUCAUGGCUGCUUUGCCUCAUCCACUUCAAGCAGAUAUUGAUAGCUUAUGUACUGGCUAUGCAGCAUUUGUUUUAGGAAGGGCUGCUAAUAAGCCAAAGCGUCUUUUGAGAAAUGUUCUUAUUAAUGGAUCAAAUGAUGCCCUUGAUUUGCUUACUAAACUCCUCACUUUGAAUCCAAACCACCGACUGACAGCCAAAGAUGGAUUAAAACAUCCUUAUAUUGCUAGGUAUCAUGGGCAAGAAUCUCCAACAGAACUUGGGAAAGCAGUACCACCCUUAUGUGAUGACACAAAAUUAUCUGUAGAUCAGUACAGAGAUAAGCUGUAUGAGAUGAUUGGAGAAAAUGAAGAACGAAAACAAGUAUCCCCAAUGCCACCCAUUCAAAUUCCCUCACUUUCAGAGAAGAAAAAUGAAAAAAGGUUAUUUGUUAAACAACGUACCUUUGAUGAAAUUCCUACCAUAGAUGAACGUAAGGAAGCUCUUUUGCGAAAUCAAAUAGCAAAAAAGCAACCUAUGGCACCCAUGGCUAGGAAAACAUUGACCCCACCUUUACUUGCAGAGAGGGGUAAAUUUAGCUUGGGAUUUCGUCAUCCAGUUGUAUUAAGAGGCCAGGAAACAAGUUCUGCAUCUGCUUGUGCAAUGGAUUCAUCUGCUGAGAAAAGAACUGAACGAAAAUUUGGAAGACGUCAAUUCGGAAAUCUGGCAAAUCAAUCCUUGUCAAGUUCUGCUAAAGCCGAGUUACAAAGUUACAGCCAAGAUUUAACUUAUGGUACAAUAACAGUAACUGGCCUGCAGGCUUUAAGAGAACGACGAUGGUAAAAUUCAUAAGGCCUCCAGCAUUUUAAAAUUAUUUCUAAUGGUUCCUUUACACUAUGAAUUAUUUUAAAAUAUUUAUUUUUCAUUUCGAUUUUAACAUCGUAUUUUUGUUGAUUCAUGAAAAUAGUGCAAGUCUUUGAACUGAUGUUGCAAAAGAUAUUUUGGAUUUGUUGCCAGUUUUUUUUCUGUGAUAGCAUUUAAGAACAGUUGAAAUUUUAAGUAUUUCAUUUUUUAAUCUGUUCAUUUAUGUACUGAUGCUUGUUGUAAUUUAUACAUUUCAUGUUUUUGUUGGGAAAAAAAUCUUUCAAAUGUCCAGGUAAUUUUUAUAAACUAUGGUAAUGAAAGUUUUGCUUGAACAGGAAAGUAUUAGUUGGGCAAAAUUUGCUAGCUUUAUAAAAUCAAUUUAAAUGUUCAAAUUAUGUCAUACAAUUAUUUAUUUCAAGAAAUUUUAUAGGAUUAAUUACAUUUCUAAAAAUAUUCUUGUUUUAUGUUUAAUAAAAAUUAAUAUGCAUUUCAUUUUUUAAAUUAAAUCCUUACAACUUUAUAUAAAAAAAAUAUAAUUAUAUCACUGUUAAUGAUCGUCAGUAAUUAUUUAAAUAGUUAAUAGACAUAAAAAAAAUCUAAUGUAUUACUUGAGAUCAAAAUAUUUAAAUUCUGUUAAAUUAAUACACAUUUGAAUAUACCAUGUAGCCUAUACUUGAUUUUAUUUGUCAGUAAUUGAAAUUACUGAUAAAAAAAGAAGCACCCAAUGAAUCAGAAAAUAUUUAACAAAGGUCAUUAUUUCAUCUUGUUACAUUAAUUUAUUUUGUUAAAAAAAUUUUAAAUGUUUGUUUUUGUUUUGAGCAUAAUGCUUUGAGUUGUUUCUAUUGAUCAUCAUGCAUUAUUUUAACUAUCAAAAUAUAUAAUUUUUGUUAUAUAUAUUUUUUACCUCUGUUAUAAAUGACUAGGUAUUCUGUAUUAAACUCUUCUGAUUAGACUAAAUCAAAAUAUGAAAUUUCUGAUUAAAUUGAUGAAUAGUUGUUGUAUUUAUUUGAGAUAUACUUUAAGAGAUGAUAUAUUCAGUUUUAAAUGUAAACAACACAGAAUUAUUAUUGUUAUUAUACAGCAUGCAUCAAGUAUUCAAAGGAAUUUUUGACAUAAUUUCUUUAGAAUGUUUCUGCCAAUAAUGAUAUAUCAUUAAGCUACAAAUUCCAUUCGAAACUUGAAUACAUCACCCCUUUUUAGUAUGCAUAUAUCAUGAAUGCAACAUGUUGCCACGGUAAAGCUUAGAAAUCAUUAUCAUACAUAUUGUAUUAAAAAACUGGGUAAUUACACUUUCUUUAGGAGACACUUGUUAUUGCAACACUCAGAAAUUUCUUAUUUGCAAUAUUUUAUUUUAUGAUCUAAGGAAUAGUUUUUUCCCCCUUUUUUAAUUUACACAAGUCAAAAUUCCGGCCAUUUUUAAAAAAAACUGAGUAAAAAAGGUAAAGGUACCUUUUUGCUCUGCUAUGAACAAAUAAAAACUAGUCAUAUGUGAGCACAGAUAAGUUUUGUCCAAUGUAUUUUUGUAUAGUGCCAUGUAUUUUUAAAGGGUUAUAGUUCCAAGAAGGACAAUUCUAUUUAAAUGUUUAAUACUUCAUAAGGCUAUCUGAAUUUUAAAUGAUAGCACUGGCACUGGAAAUUAUUGCACAUGUAAGUGUCUAUUUUUACUCUAGUCAAUAUAUGUUUCUAAGAUUUAAAAAAAAAAUGUUAUUUUCUGAAAAGUGAGAAAUUCUUUCAAAAUUAAUCAAUUCAGGAUUUAAAUUUUAAUUCUUGGUGGUUAGCACUUAUAUAUAUAUUAUUAUUAUUAUGGUAAAUAAAAUUUUUCUUUGAAUAGCAAAUAAAAAAAAAACAGAUUAGUUUAUUUGUAUAUUUAAAUAUUAUUUUUUCUUUUUUAAUCAUAUAACAAGCUUCUUCAUGAAAACAUUUUAAUCAAUGCAAUGGUAUUAUUAAAAACAUCCAUUAAAAAUUGAAUUUUAUCUCUAUUAAGAUUUAAUCUAUAUUAAUAAGGUAUAUAAUUUAAUCAAGCACAGAAAUGUGUAUAUAAAUAAUAAUUUCCAUCCAAGUUAAAAUUCUAUGUGAGCAGCAUUCCAUCCAAUUCAAUUUGGCAGAAUUGCAGAUGAAUAAAAAUGUAACAUAAUGUAUAAGAUAUGUAAUAUUUUUUUAUUUAUUGAAAUCUAAUUAAUAUAUAUAUUUAAAGCGUAAAUCCAGCUCAAACACUGCCUUUUGUAAAAUUAGCUAAGAAAUUCUGGAUGCAGAUGUAUUUAGCUUUUGUUACUAACUAGAUUUUUUCUUCAAUAUAUUCUGUUUCAUAUAUUAUUGUUCCACUUAUUUCAAUAUAUUCAUCUGUAUAAACAUAGGGUUUGGUUAUUGGUUUUGUUACAGAAUUAAAGCAUCUGUAUAAGUAGGAAUUAUUAUGUUUUUCUGUUUAUAUCUUAAGGAAUUAUAUCUACCAUUAAUUUUAAUGAUAUGAAACUUUCAUACGCUUAUGCCAUAAAAUAUGAUUAAAAUGUAUGAAUAUGAAAAGUCUCAAAUUGAUUAAUGUAGAUAUCUUCUAAUUUAUUUCAAAUGACUUUUAUUUCUUGAUUAGUUUAAAUCCAUUUUCAUGUUUUUCAUUGCUUUUUUCUGAUUUUAAAUUCCAUGUAUUUAUCUAUAGGAUUUGAUCUAACAAAAUAAAUAUAUGUAUAAGAGUUAUUUUAAUUCUGGAAUAUUAAUUAACAAUUUAAUUAAAUCUGAUUGUCGUUUCCUAAGAUGAAACACAUAUUUCUACAAAUAAGGCAUGCUUUGUUGUAAAGUUUUGUGCUAUAUUUUUUAAUUAUAAUAAGGUGAUACAGUUGUUGGGCUGUUUUAUUUUUAUAUGAUAAGUUUGAUCUCAACUAUAUUUUAAGCAUUCCUUUUA